CCGGCCCGGCCCAACUCUGCCCCCGGCCGGCCCGACCCCGGCCCCGGCCCCCGGACAAGCUCUUAUCUGAUCCCAGCUCGGGGUUUAAGAGUCUUGGUCCUGCCCGUCGCGCAGCUCCGCUCGUCACUCCUGCCCGCCCCGUCGGUUCAUCUGUCCCGCUGCCCGGCGGUCCAUCCGUGCAACCAUUCCACCUGCGAGCCAAGAUGACAUCAGUUGCUAAGGUCUAUUACAGUCAGACAACUCAGACAGAAAGCCGGCCCCUAGUGGCCCCGGGAAUACGUCGGAGGAGGGUCCUGACGAAAGAUGGCCGUAGCAACGUCAGAAUGGAGCAUAUUGCUGACAAGCGUUUCCUCUACCUCAAGGACCUAUGGACGACCUUCAUUGACAUGCAAUGGCGCUACAAGCUUCUGCUCUUUUCUGCAACCUUUGCAGGCACCUGGUUCCUCUUUGGUGUAGUGUGGUAUCUGGUAGCUGUGGCCCACGGGGACCUGUUGGAGCUGGGACCCCCUUCCAACCACACCCCUUGCGUAGUGCAGGUGCACACACUCACUGGAGCCUUCCUCUUCUCCCUCGAAUCCCAGACCACCAUUGGCUAUGGCUUCCGUUAUAUCAGCGAAGAGUGUCCUCUGGCCAUCGUGCUUCUGAUUGCCCAGCUGGUGCUCACCACCAUCCUUGAAAUCUUCAUCACAGGUACCUUCCUGGCAAAGAUUGCCCGGCCCAAGAAGAGGGCUGAGACUAUCCGCUUCAGCCAGCAUGCAGUGGUAGCCUCCCACAACGGGAAGCCUUGCCUUAUGAUCCGAGUUGCCAAUAUGCGGAAGAGUCUCCUCAUUGGAUGCCAGGUGACGGGCAAACUGCUUCAGACCCACCAGACAAAGGAGGGUGAGAAUAUCCGGCUCAACCAGGUCAACGUUACUUUCCAAGUAGACACAGCCUCUGAUAGCCCCUUUCUCAUUCUACCCCUGACCUUCUACCACGUGGUGGAUGAGACGAGUCCCUUGAAAGAUCUCCCCCUCCGCAGUGGAGAGGGGGACUUUGAGCUGGUGCUGAUCCUAAGUGGGACAGUGGAGUCCACCAGCGCCACCUGUCAAGUUCGCACUUCCUACCUGCCGGAGGAGAUCCUCUGGGGCUACGAAUUCACACCGGCUAUCUCACUUUCAGCCAGUGGCAAAUACAUAGCGGACUUCAGCCUUUUCGACCAGGUUGUGAAAGUGGCUCCCCCUGGUGGUCUCCGCGAUAGCGCUGUGCGCUAUGGAGACCCCGAAAAGCUCAAGUUGGAAGAAUCAUUAAGAGAGCAAGCUGAAAAGGAAGGCAGUGCCCUUAGUGUGCGCAUCAGCAAUGUCUGACUUCCUAUUCUCUUCUCCCCAGCCCUUUGGCCUUUUCCUCUUUCAGUGCCCUGGGAAAAGGAAACUAUCUGGGUUCGCUGGAGAACCCCAGAAGCACCCGUCCUCUACUUCCCCUUUCUUAACCGGGCGGUCAGCCAGUAGUCCAGACCGCCCGGAGUCCAGGCUUCCCUCUCUCUGUCCUUGCACCUUUCUCUACUGCUAUGCCAAUGCACGCGACUCGUAAGCCAGGAUGGGGGACGGAGCGGGGAGGUUAGGCUGAGUGGUGUGGAAAGCCUCAGCCAUGCUUGGAGAUUCACGUUAGGAGGGCCAUAUGAUGGGAUGGAUAGACUCCCCCAGCCCCCUACUGCUAGAAAGUGUGAUGACUUGAGACUGGAGCUCUCCCAUUUCUGUUUCCAUCUAGUAAGUCCCCCUAAGGCAAAACUCUCUCAGAGGGUCACUCUAUGGACUAUGCUCUCAGAAACAAAGGAAUCUGAAAUCAGUUUUCCCUGGGCUCACUACCAAAUCCCGAAGAAAGAAGCCAGGGUUUGUCAUGGUGUAUUUAAUUUCAGCUGGUAACUCCUGACAUAACCUAGACCUUUGGUCCCCACCAUAUUUUUCCGUUCCAGUUCUCACGUGGAUCUUCCGAGGAUCCCCAGUUCUCUCUCAGCUUCUGUUCCCAUAGAAUCGGGGCUGAUCUGAGAAACAUGAACAGCCGCCACCUCUCCUGCACCCACCCUGGCUUCGGAAAAAUUCAAUUUUGGAACUAUCGUCUAAAACUCUGGCUCUGUCCUGGGAAGAGUUCUUUUACUGUGUCCUGUGAAUAGCCAAUGCGCUCUCUCUCUCUCUCUCUCUCUCUCUCUCUCUCUCUGUCUCUC